GGUGGGGGGCGUGGAGUAGGGAGGGAUUCAGUACUUGCUAAUUGCUUCUGACCGCCAGGAAAACACUCCCCAAAUAUGAACGUAUUGUAGUAGUGUUGUGCAGACGAUCUAAACCCACACACCGGAUUUUUAGCCACCCAGCGAUUUUAGACACAAGGUAUCCAAGACAGUCGAGAAAAUGCUGUCCAUGUCCUACUCCGAGAACCUGAAGGAACGGAUAACUAGGCACCAUUCAGAUCAAUGUCUGAACCAGAUCCGGCAAACCGAUACCAUUGAGAUGCAGAAGCUACGAGAGGUCAGGGCUCUGGCACAGACCAAGAAGAUGGAGGAGUUUCUCAUAAUGAACAGCCUAUCCCUGGAUGACUGCACAGCCUAUCAGACGGGCAUGAAGUAUAGAAAUCUUGGGAAAUCGGGGCUUCGGGUGUCCUGCCUUGGCCUAGGAACAUGGGUAACUUUUGGAGGUCAGAUCACUGAUGAGAUGGCCGAGCAGCUGAUGACUAUGGCCUAUGAAAAUGGAAUAAAUCUCUUUGAUACAGCCGAGGUGUAUGCAGCUGGCAAGGCAGAGGUUGUGCUGGGAAACAUUAUCAAGAAGAAAGGCUGGAGGCGGUCCAGCCUCGUCAUCACCACCAAAAUCUUCUGGGGUGGAAAGGCGGAGACCGAAAGAGGACUGUCCCGAAAGCACAUUAUAGAAGGUUUGAAGGCUUCUCUGGAGCGCCUACAGCUGGAGUAUGUGGAUGUGGUGUUUGCCAACAGACCCGACCCCAACACACCCAUGGAAGGGGAUCCAUUUAGUUCUUCAAAGUCAAGAACAUUCAUCAUUGAAGAAACGGUGAGAGCCAUGACCCACGUGAUUAACCAGGGAAUGGCCAUGUACUGGGGCACGUCACGGUGGAGCGCGAUGGAGAUCAUGGAAGCGUACUCAGUGGCUCGGCAGUUUAACCUUAUCCCUCCCAUAUGUGAACAGGCCGAAUACCACCUCUUCCAGCGGGAGAAAGUGGAAGUGCAGCUGCCAGAGCUCUUCCACAAGAUCGGUGUUGGUGCGAUGACCUGGUCCCCGCUGGCCUGUGGUAUUAUCUCCGGGAAAUACAACGCUGGAGUCCCUCCGUACUCCAGAGCCUCCCUAAAGGGUUACCAGUGGCUAAAGGACAAGAUUCUGAGUGAGGAAGGCAGGCGACAGCAAGCCAAGCUGAAGGAGCUGCAGUCCAUCGCAGAGCGACUGAGCUGUACCCUGCCACAGCUCGCCAUCGCCUGGUGCCUGAGGAACGAGGGGGUCAGUUCUGUACUAGUCGGGGCUUCCAACACGGAGCAACUCCAGGAAAACAUUGGAGCAAUCCAGGUUCUUCCCAAGCUUUCCUCUUCCGUGGUGCAUGAGGUUGACGGGAUCUUGGGGAACAAGCCUUACAGCAAGAAGGAUUACCGCUCCUAAUGCCAGGGGCGACCUGGAACUGUCAGCAUUCCACGGUGUCUGCCUGCCCGAGCUGAGCUCCCACUGUACCUAACCCCAGCCCCCGCUUCACUCUUUCUCAAAAGGAAUCAAACAUCAGAUUCCUGAUGCAACGGAAAAGAAUAUUUAAAAAGAACACUCCGCUCCCAGCGUGGGGUGGUUGGGUGCUCGCUCUGCGGAGCUUAACCUUUGCUAGUUUUAGUUUUUUUAGUAUAUAUAUAUAUAUAUAUGUGAAAUAAGACUUUUUUUCCCUCUUUCUCUUUAUUUUGAAACGCGAACGCAACGGCGAUGGCAUUUGGAACCUCUCCCCCGCCCUCCCCUCCCCUUUCCGUUCACCCCCUCUCCCGAGACACCGGCUGCUAUCGUUUUAAAGAAGAGAAUCAUGGACAAAAUAAUACAAUCAUUGAGAACCUCCGGAGACAGAUGGCCGUCGUGCUCGUGUCUUUGAGCAGACAACGUUCUGGAAUGGAAUGUGUGAACGAGACUUUCGACCGCUUUCUAGAACAAACAAAACAAUGCCAAAUCAAUCAGUUUUUAAAUUGCAGUGGUUUGGAAUCUGCACGUUUGUGUAUAUAUGAUAUACAUGGAGUAUAUAAAUAUAUUAUGUUAUAUAUAGAUAUAAAAUUGGGGGCUUGUGACCUGUCGGAAGCUGUUCUUUAGACGCCUGCUUUCUGUAAAAGCGUCAGAGACGCUGCUUUGAAUGAAAUGAUAACUUUUUAAACGGGUGUGUAAAAAAAAAACCCUGUGAGCACGCGCUCCUGUUCACUGCUGUACAUACGUUGCUGGCACUGAGGCAUCGACUACUGAAACCGGGACCAGCACUGACUGAGUCUCACUAACGCACGUGUGGACGGACAGACAAACGGAGGGCCAGCCAGGCCGCGGCUCGGGCUGACCUGUGCAUGAAUUACUCUAAUCAGGAUCUGUGUGUAUGUAUAUGCUGAUGACUGUGUAAAUGCUAUAAACAAAAUGAGCUGUUUUGACAAGAUCAUAAUUCAAUAAAGAGAUUGAUAUUGGAUAGA